AUGCAGGCUCGCUACUCCGUCUCGGAUCCCAACGCUCUGGGAGUGGUACCCUAUUUGAGCGAGCAGAAUUACUACCGGACGGCGGGCACCUAUGGGGGCAUGGCCAGCUCGCUGGGGGUCUACGCCGGCCACCCGGACCAGUACGCGGCCGGCCUGGGACGCUCCUACGGGCCCUACCCGGGCCACCAGCCGGUCCAGGCUCCGAAGGACCUGGUGAAGCCGCCCUACAGCUACAUCGCGCUGAUCACCAUGGCCAUCCAGAACGCGCCGGAGAAGAAGAUCACCCUGAACGGCAUCUACCAGUUCAUCAUGGAGCGCUUCCCCUUCUACCGGGAGAACAAGCAGGGCUGGCAGAACUCCAUCCGCCACAACCUCUCGCUCAACGAGUGCUUCGUCAAGGUGCCGCGCGACGACAAGAAGCCCGGCAAGGGCAGCUACUGGACGCUGGACCCCGAUUCCUACAACAUGUUCGAGAACGGCUCCUUCCUGCGCCGCCGGAGACGCUUCAAGAAGAAAGACGUCUCCAAAGACAAGGAGGAGACCCUGCGGGAGAAACACCUCAAGGAGCCGGUCAAGGCCGCCGCCGAGCUGGGCAAGGAGCCGCCGCCGCCGGCCUCGGCGCCCGUCCCGGCCUCGGCCCUGGCCCCGUCCGAGAAGAAGGUGGUCAUCAAGAGCGAGGCCUCCUCGCCCGAGCUGCCCGUCAUCACCAAGGUGGAGACGCUGAGCCCGGCGAGCGGCAGCGCCCUGCAGGACAGCCCGCGCAGCGUGGCCUCCACGCGCUCGCUCUCCACCGAGGGCUCCUUGCCCGGCGAGCCCCACCAGCCCCACGCCCACCCGCACCACCACGCCGCCGCCAACGGGUUGCCGGGCUUCAGCGUGGAGAACAUCAUGACUCUGCGGACUUCGCCCGGCGACGACUUGAGCCCCGUGGGCAGGGCGCCGCCUGGCCUCUGCGCCUCCUCCUCCUCCUCCUCCUCCUUGCCUCUGGGCUACGGCCCGGCGCCCGCCUCGUCCCUCUACAGCCAGGCCUGCAGCCAGGGGGGCUUGGGCGAGGCCGGGGGGGGCAGCUACCAAUGCAGCAUGCGCGCCAUGAGCCUCUACACGGGCGAGCGCAACGCGCAUCUCUGCGGCGCCGGGGCGCUGGAAGAGGCCGCGGCUUCGCUGUCCGAGCCCCCGCCGCAAGUGGCCAACGGCGCCCCCUCGCCCCUGGCCGGCCUGAACCUGGCGCCAGGGGGCCAGCAGCAACAGCAGCAGCAGCAGCAGCCGGAGACCUCCCUACCUCCUAGCCACCACCACCACCAGCCCGUGCAUCACCACCACCAUCAUCCCCUCCCGCACCACCAGGCCCCGGGGCAAGCCGCCGCCGCCGCCGCCGCCGCCGCCGCCGCAGCCGCCUCCUGGUACCUGAACCACGCGUCGGAGAUCAACCAGCCGCUGCCCAGCCACGCCUUCGGCGCCCAGCAGCAGAGCUUCCCCAACGUGCGGGAAAUGUUCAACACUCACCGGCUGGGCUUAGAGACCUCGACGGCGCUGAACGAGCAACAGGUGAGCCCCAACUCCACCUGCGAGCUCUCCUACCGGGCUCCGCCCUCCAUUUACCGCCACUCCGCCCCUUAUUCCUACGACUGCGCUAAAUACUGA